GCCGCUGAAACAAACCCGGGAAAAUGUCGUGUUGUGCAGUGGGUUGCCAGAAUCGAAAAUCUGUAAACAAAGGUCUGAGGUUUUACCGAAUACCAUCAACUCACACUCCUUUUAACGCCAACCGCAGACGUCUUUGGUUACAAGCCCUCAGAAGAAUCGACUGGAACGACAACCUAAUUAAAAACGCCCGACUCUGCAGUUCUCACUUCAUAUCAGGAGAGGUGUCCAUGGACUUCAGUAGUCCUGACUUUGUCCCGUCUGUUUUUUCCUACUCAACCCAGUGUGAAGCAAACAAAGGCGAUGCAAAACUUGAGAGAUUUAAGAGGAAAAGAACAAGAGAGGAAACCACACACAGACCAACAGAUCACAUCCACCUGUCCACAGAAGUUACAGAUGAGGUUGCAUCAGAAUCCUCAGCCGCUUGCCUGUCCUCAGAUGACUGCAGAAUGGAGCCUGGUGCUGGUCCUUUCAUCGUACCACUCCACAACCUUUCUCCUUACUCUGGCGCAUGUGUAGUGGAAAUGGUUCUUGCACUUUGCACAGUCAAUCAUCAUCCCAAAGUCUGGUCUUUCACAGUGUGGGCAGACUGUAGGUGCUUGCAUCAGUGGAUCCAUGCGGCGCGUUAACAGCUCAGGCAAAACACACUGUUUGAAGAACACUUCAGCUUUCGGCAGGACUGCUUGCAGCAUUUCUUCAUCUCUGUUGAUGCGAUUGAUAGUGACAUCUUGCUUUGUCCACACUACGAAGUCACAGUACUGGAUGUUGCAUACAAACAUGUGAAGUUGAACUUGAUGAUAGUAUUCAUGAUUCCUCUUUAGGUGUAGUGCUUUGUCUAAGCAGAACUGUGUGUCCUCACUGCUCCCCAUCAGACCAUCACGGUAUUUGUAUGGACACUUAAUCUCUACAGCUGCUUUCCCACAGCAGGUACAGUGUGCCAUUCCAUCCGGCGAUGCCCCAAGAUGUGGUUUGUCAGGCCUCACAACAAGACCACAGAGUUCCACGUCAAAGUUGUGAUGUUGUGUUUUCAUUAUUUCUGUGUAUUGUCUCCUGGCUGUGUCCUCCAUAUCUCUUCCCCAAAGUACUGCUGGGACAUGGGACAAGUCCUGAUUGCUGUAGUGCAUAACCUGUUUUACAAGGUUUGUUUUUGCCUUUUCGGUUUCUACAGUGCAGACACGAUGUAGGGUUGUGCUUGUUAUCCUGCCAGUUCUGUGUGUGUGCCAGGCCUGAGACUGGGACUGGUUUCUAGUUGUAAACUCAAGGUUCACACACUGCUCGUUAGUUAAUUCUCGCCCCAGUUUUGCAAAGGUAUCUUCACUUCUCUCUUGUAUUUUAUUUGGGCAGAGGCCUCUCAGAGUGACAUCAUACAGAGCUACCAGUGGCUCUGGCAGGUCUCCGGUCUCUGUGUCGGAUUCGGAUGCAGAAUCAGUGUCACUGAAGUCCAUGCUAGUAAGCACAGCUGCGUUAGGUGCCAAGACUUUCAGAUCUGCUAUGUCUUCAUCUGUCAGCUCUAAAUACACA